AUGGAUAGCCGCAAUCCUGCACUACCCAUCGCACCAAAUGGUCUGACAGCAGAUUCGGACGAGGAAGACGAUGUCUACGACUGGAAAUCGCGCAUGACGGGCAUGCAGGACGACUCUGGAGCUGAGAACACCGUCACUGGUAGUGCAUUCCCUCAACACACCGAGACUGGUGAAGACCAAAACACAAAUACCCCGGCGACCGGUGACACACAUUCCUCCGACGAGCUUCAAGAAGACGACCAGGUCCGCCAUCCGUUCUAUCAUUAUGCUGCCGAAAAACGCGACACUUAUGCCGAUGCAAAGCUCAUCUAUCAACGGCAUCGCAUGGACACCAAGUCCGAAAAGGACCUAGCCGGGAGUCCGAUGUCGCUGGGGAGAUCGUUCACAAUGCCCUCUUCCCUGGAAGGCGCCGAUACAGUCUUGCACCGCACCCCCAGCACCACCUCGCGACAAUCACGUCUUAGCCAGCGCGGGACCGCUCCAAGCGGCCAGCAAAUGGACCCUCCCAAAGAAUCUUUAUCUGGUCUGCAAAUUCAUAGCGGUCUCGCUGCAGAUGGUCAUCCAGACCCUAGCCUUGCUGCCGAUGCCGCUGCUCGGAGCCAUCGACACCAUCCACGUCUGCCGCACGAGUUCAAGGAUCCUUUACUGGCUCACGAGGGUGUCCAUGGUGCAGGCGCUGGUGUAGGCCUGGGCAGUGGUCCCGGGGGAAUGGCUUCCAGUGAUGAGAGCAUCGUCAGCGAGGUGGAGGCCAUCUGCGACAAGAUCAAGACGCUGCUGGACUUGCGGCAGAAGUACAUGAAGAUCUCUCUUCAGUGCCCCGGAGUGAACCCCAAAGAUGAGGAAACUUGGGAGGUCUAUCCACCGCCGCCAAACCCAGUCUGGAACGAGCAAAAGGCUCGAGAACCGACGCAAGACUACAUCCCUCCCAACAGCACGUCGAGCAGUCUGUACAUGGCCGACACCAAGGCACAGGGCUCGGGGAGUGCUGGCGAUGGGAACAGAGGGGCGCCGGGAGGUAGCCAGGCAGAGCCAGACAGGGCGCCUCCUUCACCUACCAAUUCCAAAAAGACGCGAAAGCCUGGCCAGGCCAUCGGAGAAGACUUUCACAUCAACGACUGCUAUAUCCCUCCGAAGGAUGGGAACGUACGGUAUGAAAUGGACGACGGCAGUGUCUUUCAGGUGUAUGAUGAACAUGACCAGCCGCUGGUGGAGGUGCCCACGUUGAGAGAUUACUACAUCGCCCUCGACACCAUUCUUGAUCUUGCUUCCGACGGUCCAGCGAAGAGCUUCGCAUAUCGCCGUCUGCAGUAUCUGGAAGGACGGUAUAACCUGUACACCCUGCUCAACGAAUAUCAGGAAGUGGCGGAUACCAAGAAAGUGCCUCACCGUGAUUUCUAUAACGUGCGGAAAGUUGACACCCACGUCCACCACUCGGCGUGCAUGAACCAAAAGCAUUUGUUGCGGUUCAUCAAGAGCAAAAUGAAGAGAUGUCCUGAUGAAGUGGUGAUCGACCGCGACGGGAAGACGUUGACCCUGAGAGAGGUGUUUGAAAGUAUCAACCUCACGGCGUACGAUUUGAGCAUUGACACCUUGGACAUGCACGCCCAUACCGACUCGUUCCACCGUUUCGACAAGUUCAACCUGAAGUACAAUCCCAUCGGUCAGUCUCGACUGAGAGAGAUCUUCCUCAAGACGGACAAUUUCAUCAAAGGUAGGUAUCUUGCGGAGAUCACGCGUGAAGUCAUUUGCGAUCUGGAAUCUAGCAAGUACCAAAUGGUCGAAUGGCGGAUCAGCAUCUAUGGCCGCAGUAUCGAUGAAUGGGAUAAGCUGGCCGCUUGGGUGGUUGACAACAAGCUCUUCUCGCACAACGUUCGCUGGCUCAUCCAGAUCCCGCGCCUGUAUGCGUUGUAUAAAUCGCUGAAGUCGGUCGACAACUUUGAGGGUGUCUUGAAGAAUGUCUUCCAGCCGUUGUUCGAAGUCACCCAGGAUCCCUCCACCCACCCGAAACUGCACAUCUUUCUGCAACGAGUGAUUGGGUUCGACAGUGUUGAUGACGAGAGCAAGGUGGAACGGCGCCUGUAUCGGAAGUUUCCCAUUCCGAAGGACUGGAACACGAAACAGAACCCGCCGUACGGAUACUGGAUCUAUUACCUGUUUGCGAACUUGACUUCUCUCAACGCAUGGCGCAAGAAGAGAGGGUUCAAUACGUUCUUGCUGCGACCGCACUGCGGCGAGGCCGGAGACACGGACCAUCUGGCGGCGGCAUUCCUGUGCUGCCACAGCAUUGCGCACGGCAUCACGCUCCGCAAAGUGCCCUUGAUCCAAUACGUCUUUUACCUGGAGCAGAUCGGAAUCGCCAUGUCGCCCUUGAGCAACAAUGCACUGUUCCUGACGUAUGACCGCAACCCGUUCAUCAGCUACUACAAAAAGGGGCUGAACGUUUCGCUGUCGACCGAUGAUCCGCUGCAGUUCGCGUUCACCAAGGAGCCGUUGAUCGAAGAAUAUUCGGUGGCCGCGCAGAUCUACAAGCUGAGCAACGUAGAAAUGUGCGAGCUGGCCAAACAUUCCGUCGACCAAUGCGGCUUCGAGUUGACGCUGAAACAACGCUGGCUGGGGAAGUACUGCUACCUUCCGGGAGUGCUGGGCAACGACGUGGCCAAGUGCAACGUGCCGGACGUCCGGGAAGCAUUCCGCCACGAGACAUUGAAGGCCGAACACGCCUUCAUUGCCAAAUACACCCAGGACUAUACCCAUUUCAACCGCUGCACUCCUGACUUCCCGGAUCCGUCCGACCCGCUCACGCCGAUCGAGGAGGUCUACAAAGGACUUGAGUCUCCGAGACAGUUUUAUUCGACCUUUUCCAAUCCGGUCGCGCCAUCGGCGGCAGCUAAUAACAGCAACAGCAACAACCACCACCACCACCACCAGCAGCAGCAGAGUGCGAGAUGGCCACGCUCGAGAUCGAGUAUGACGGCCCUCGAUCGCAGUAACACGACCAACACAUCUCCCACUCGACCCCGGACCAUGUCGAGUGCUCUGUAUUCCGCGGCGUCGCAUCCGGACACGCACAUCUCGGGGCAAGAGCCACGCGCUUUCCCCGGCGUCGUGCACCAGCGCGAGCGGAGACGCAGCUUGAGAGUCAGCUCGAGUACGUCGGACAUGGCGGCCCCGGAUUCCAUGGGUGCGAGUAGGACCCGGAGUAUGAGUUCCAGUCAGCAUAUGGAGCCGGCGUUGGCGAAAUUCAGGGCCCGGGAAGAUUCCGAGUUGUCUGCGCAGAUGGAGCAAUCAGAUUGA